UCUAGAAACAGCAUCCGUUUUUAUAAUUUAAUUUUCUUACAAAGGUAGGACCAACAUUUGUGAUCUAUAAAUCUUCCUACUACGUUAUAUAGAGACCCUUCGACAUAACACUUAACUCGUUUAUAUAUUUGUUUUACUUGUUUUGCACAUACACACAAAAAUAAAAAAGACUUUAUAUUUAUUUACUUUUUAAUCACACGGAUUAGCUCCGGCGAAGUAUGGUCGUCGUCUUCAUCUUCUUCCUCCAUCAUCAGAUUUUUCCUUAAAUGGAAGAAACCAAACGAAACUCCGAUCUUCUCCGUUCUCGUGUUUUCCUCUCUGGCUUUUAUUGCUGGGAUUGGGAAUUUCUCACCGCUCUCUUGCUUUUUAGUUGCUGAUUCUUUUUCCUUCGACUUUCUAUUUCCAAUCUUUCUUCUUCUCUUUGUGUAUUAGAUUAUUUUUAGUUUUAUUUUUCUGUGGUAAAAUAAAAAAAGUUCGCCGGAGAUGACGGCUGUGACGGCGGCGCAAAGAUCAGUUCCGGCGCCGUUUUUAAGCAAAACGUAUCAGCUAGUUGAUGAUCAUAGCACAGACGACGUCGUUUCAUGGAACGAAGAAGGAACAGCUUUUGUCGUGUGGAAAACAGCAGAGUUUGCUAAAGAUCUUCUUCCUCAAUACUUCAAGCAUAAUAAUUUCUCAAGCUUCAUUCGUCAGCUCAACACUUACGGAUUUCGUAAAACUGUACCGGAUAAAUGGGAAUUUGCAAACGAUUAUUUCCGGAGAGGCGGGGAGGAUCUGUUGACGGACAUACGACGGCGUAAAUCGGUGAUUGCUUCAACGGCGGGGAAAUGUGUUGUUGUUGGUUCGCCUUCUGAGUCUAAUUCUGGUGGUGGUGAUGAUCACGGUUCAAGCUCCACGUCAUCACCCGGUUCGUCGAAGAAUCCUGGUUCGGUGGAGAACAUGGUUGCUGAUUUAUCAGGAGAGAACGAGAAGCUUAAACGUGAAAACAAUAACUUGAGCUCGGAGCUCGCGGCGGCGAAGAAGCAGCGCGAUGAGCUAGUGACGUUCUUGACGGGUCAUCUGAAAGUAAGACCGGAACAAAUCGAUAAAAUGAUCAAAGGAGGGAAAUUUAAACCGGUGGAGUCUGACGAAGAGAGUGAGUGCGAAGGUUGCGACGGCGGCGGAGGAGCAGAGGAGGGGGUAGGUGAAGGAUUGAAAUUGUUUGGGGUGUGGUUGAAAGGAGAGAGAAAAAAGAGGGACCGGGAUGAAAAGAAUUAUGUGGUGAGUGGGUCCCGUAUGACGGAAAUAAAGAACGUGGACUUUCACGCGCCGUUGUGGAAAAGCAGCAAAGUCUGCAACUAAAAAAAGAGUAGAAGACUGUUCAAACCAGCGUGUGACACGUCAUCGACGACGACGAAAAAAAUGAUUUAAAAAACUAUUUUUUUCCGUAAGGAAGAAAAGUUAUUUUUAUGUUUUAAAAAGGUGAAGAAGGUCCAGAAGGAUCAACGCAAAUAUAUAAAUGGAUUUUCAUGUAUUAUAUAAUUUAAUUAGUGUAUUAAGAAAAUAAAACAGAUGUUGAAGUUUUAUUGUUGCUUAAUUUAUGUCUUCAUAAUGUAAAAAAGCAUGUGAAAUACUUGGUCUAAGGUCAUCUACUUAGUUGAAAACUUGUGAAAGAGGAAGAAAUUUUACUUUUAUGUUUGAUUGAUUUUCUUUGCAAGUAGUAGUAGGUGGUUUCCGUGUUUUUACGUAAUCCGUUGAAUAUUUUUCCCUCGAAAUUGUCUUUAUAAAAGUCACAGAAACAUUUUCU